AAUUAUAUAUAAAGCAUUUAUUGUUAGUUAAAUUUAGUUUUAAAGCAGUCAUUUUAACAACGAAGAAUCAAUUAUCUUAGUGAAAGCUAGGAUAUUUUAGAAUUCAUUGAAAAUUCACCUUGUGGAGUUAUAUAUUUUACGUUUGGUUCAAUUGUGGCUAUGUCAACGCUACCAGAAAAAAUUGAAAAAGCAUUCAAAGAAGCUAUUGCACAACUUCCACAAAGAGUCCUCUGGAAAUACGAAGGUGAAAUGAAAGAUAAACCAACCAAUGUGAUGACAAAAAAAUGGUUUCCACAACGAGAUAUCCUCUUGCACCCGAAAGUAAAAUUAUUUAUUAGUCACGGUGGUAUUUCGGGAAUGUAUGAAGCUGUUGAUGCAGGCAUCCCAGUGCUUGGUUUUCCUAUAUUUUAUGACCAACCAAGAAAUAUGGCGAACUUAGUUGAUAUUGGAAUGGCAAUUAGCAUGGAUUUGUUUUCAGUUACAAAAGAAACCUUAUUUGAUGCUAUCAAUAAAAUAAUAAAUGAUGAAACGUAUACGAAAAAUGCUAAAGAAAUAUCUAUUCAAUUCAAAGACCGACACAUGUCUCCAGCUGAAACGGUAGUUUAUUGGACUAACUAUGUCAUACGACACAAAGGUGCGCCUCAUUUAAAAUUACAAGCUUUAAAACUGUCAUGGUAUCAGUUUUUCUUAUUGGAUGUUAUAUCUGUAAUAGUUUUUCCAUUAUUAUUUAUUUUGUAUAUCUUAUUCAAGUUAAAUAGAAUUUUUUUCCGAGAUAUUAAGAAAUUUUUUAAAAUAAAACAAAACUGACAAUUUAAUGUUAAAAUGUUGUU